CGGGCCGCGGUGCGCGCGGCCAUGGCGGUGCUGCUGGAGACCACGGUGGGCGACCUGGUCAUCGACCUGUACACGGAGGAGCGGCCCCGCGCUUGUCUGAAUUUCCUGAAGCUCUGCAAAGUCAAGUACUACAACUAUUGCCUUAUUUAUAAUGUACAGAGGGAUUUUAUUAUACAAACUGGUGACCCCAUGGGAACUGGUCGUGGAGGGGAAUCCAUAUUUUGUCAACUGUAUGGUGAUCAAGCCAGAUUUUUUGAAGCAGAAAAGGUGCCCAGAAUCAAGCACAAGAAGAAGGGAACUGUGUCAAUGGUGAACAAUGGCAGUGAUCAGCAUGGAUCACAGUUCCUCAUUACCACAGGGGAAAACCUGGACUACCUUGAUGGUGUACAUACAGUAUUUGGAGAAGUGACGGAAGGCAUGGAUGUGUUGAAGACAAUUAAUGAAACCUUUGUAGAUAAGGAUUUUAUCCCAUAUCAAGAUAUCAGGAUAAAUCAUACAGUAAUUUUAGAUGAUCCCUUUGAUGACCCCCCUGGCUUGUGUGUUCCUGAUCGCUCACCAGAACCUACAAAGGAACAGCUUGACAGUGGCAGAAUAGGAGCAGAUGAAGAAAUUGAUGACAUGAAAGGACGGACUGCAGAUGAAAUAGAAGAAGCUCAGGCAGAAAAGGAAGCAAAAACUCGUGCCAUUCUUUUGGAAAUGGUGGGAGACUUGCCAGAUGCAGACAUCAAGCCACCAGAAAAUGUGCUGUUUGUUUGUAAACUGAAUCCUGUGACCACAGGCGAAGACCUGGAGAUAAUAUUUUCACGAUUUGGUCCCAUUAAAAGUUGUGAAGUGAUCCGAGACUGGAAGACUGGUGAAUCUCUUUGUUAUGCUUUCAUUGAGUUUGAAAAGGAGGAAGACUGUGAGAAAGCCUACUUCAAAAUGGACAAUGUGCUGAUAGAUGACAGACGGAUACAUGUGGAUUUUAGCCAGUCUGUUGCAAAGAUUAAAUGGAAGGGAAAAGGUGGGCGGUAUACCAAGGAAGAUUUCAAAGACUAUGAGAAGGAACGUGACAAACCUUCGAAAUUUGCUCUGAAAGAAAAGGCAAAACCAAAGCAAGAUGCCAAGUAUGACCUUGUGCUGGAUGAGGAUGUAGAAGAAUCUCACACAAGUCAGUCGCACUUGGCUAAAAAACAGAAGAAAAAGCACCACCACUCUGAAGAUGAAGAUGAUGACAAGAGGACCAAAAAAUCUAAGGAUUCUGACCGGAAGCACGAAGAACGCUGCAGGGAAAGGACCAAGAGUGAGAAGAAAGACAGGCAUCGGAGCCGCAGCCGUUCUCAGGAGAGAGAUUACACUUACAGCAGACAAAAAGACAAAUACAGAGAAGACAUCCGAGUAAGAGACUGGGAUAAAAAAGCAGACAGAAGCAGAAGUCCUAAGAAAUCAAAAGACAAAGAGAGGUCCAAGUACAGAUGAAGGACAAGGAAAAUACAGAGGGGAACUAAAAUAAUAAAUUUAACUUUUUUCUUUU